AUGAUUUCAGGCGGGCUGAGUGGAGGAGGAGAGAUUGCGAACGCCAGAAAGAAACACUUGAAGCAGUGUCUGGCGGUCGCUGGCAAAGUGAUCAGCAAAGAAAAGCACAGUCCUAGUCCAACAAGGCCUCAAAUUGUCUGGGACGCCAGCGAUUUAGGCGACGUCCUCCCAGGACAUGACGACCCGCUCGUCAUUCAAGCUAUAAUCGCCAACUUCGGCGUUAAUCGCGUUUUUAUUGACCACGGCAGCUCAGCCGAUAUUUUGUUUUUACCAUGCUUUAAAGCGUUAGGGUUCACUGUUGAUAGUCUAACUCCUGUUACAGGUGAACUCUCAGGUUUCAACGCUACCACCACAAAGCCACUGGGAGUGAUUACCUUGCGGCUCUCCCUUGGAACGCCGCCCACCUCACGAUCCGCAGACAUCAAGUUUUUGGUGCUCGACACCCCAUCAGCUUACAACGCCAUUCUUCGUAGAAGGAUGUUUGCUGCCUUCGAGGCAAGCAUUUCACACCCCCACUUGGCAAUGAAGUUCGUUGCCCGAGACAACAAAGUCGCCACAGUGCGAGGAGACCAGACGAUAGCCCGAAGCUGCUACAACAUAUCCUUACGGCCAAUGGCCAAAGCUAGCUUCAGUGAUGAAAGGGCGCUCAAGCCGGGGACGACGUCGCCAUCAGAAAGAAAUCUCGGCGAGAAGUCCAAAGAGCGUGACCAAUGUUUUUUGGUAGAAUUUGACGCUAGAGAUGAUCCGCGCGUGGAACAUGACAGACCCACGCCGGAUGGAGCAUUGGAACAUGUUGUCUUAGGAGAUGCGGAUCAUCAAACAACAAACAUCGGGGCCACCAUCGAACCAGAGAUGAAAUACAAGUUAAUCAAGUUGCUCAAGGAAAACAAAGAUUUGUUUGCAUGGAAGCCGUCUGACAUGCCAGGUAUCAAUCCAAACGUUUGCUGCCACCGUUUGUCGGUGGAUCCUAAAGCCAAGCCAUUCGCCCAGAAAAAGAGGAAAUUCGGUCCCGACCGCCAGAGGGUGAUUGAUGAAGAGGUCAAAAGGCUACACGCCGCCGGGUUCAUCAGGGAAAUCAAGUACACAACUUGGUUAUCCAACCCAGUAUUGGUAAAAAAGCCAAACGGCGCAUGGCGAAUGUGCGUUGACUACACUGACCUAAACAAAGUCUGUCCAAAGGAUGCUUACCCUUUUCCCAGCAUCGAUCAGUUGGUUGACAACGUGUCCGGAUUCAAAAUGCUAUCAUUCAUGGACGCAUACUCUGGUUAUAAUCAGAUCCCACUUCUUGAAGAAGACCAAGACAAAACGGCGUUCAUCACUCAGAACGCCAAUUACUGUUAUACAAUGAUGCCCUUCGGUCUAAAAAAUGCUGGGGCCACUUACCAAAGGAUGAUGAAUGAAGUAUUCAGAGACCUGAUUGGCAAUCGCAUCGAAGUAUACAUCGAUGACAUGAUCGCCAAAUCAAGAACAUCGGAACAACAUUUGGUUGAUCUACAAGGUGUUUUUGAAAGACUCAGAAAAUUCAACAUGCGCUUGAAUCCAAGCAAAUGCGCCUUCGGAGUUCCCGCGGGCAAAUUCCUAGGCUUUAUGCUCACUGAAAGAGGCAUUGAAGUCAAUCCUGAUAAGUGCAAGGCAGUGAUUGAAAUGCGAAGCCCGCAAACAAUCAAGGAAGUUCAGCACUCACAGGAAGGUUAG